CUGUAUCAGGAACCUGAGAACCUCUUCUGGAGGCGAGAGGUUAGAAGCAGAUAAGGAUUCCUAGGCGAGGAGCCUACCGCAUCCGCAUCCUCUGACUCCAGCCACCACGCAUUGCAUCCGGAACCCACUGCAGCUGGGAUUCAGGGAGAGGAAGAUGCUCAAGGUGUCAGCCGUAUUGUGUGUGUGUGCAGCGGCUUGGUGCAGCCAGACUCUAGCAGCUGCCGCUGUGGUGGCUGUGGCUGGGAGCCGGUCGGAAGGCGGUAAUUUUCUGGAUGAAAAACAAUGGCUCACCACAAUCUCUCAGUACGACAAGGAAGUCGGACAGUGGAACAAAUUCCGAGACGAAGUAGAGGAUGAUUAUUUUCGCACUUGGAGUCCUGGAAAGCCAUUUGAUCAAGAUCCAGCUAAAGGCCCAUGCUCAAAGAUGAAAUGCAGUCGCCAUAAGGUCUGCAUUACUCAAGAUUCUCAGACUGCACUCUGCAUCAGCCACCGGAGGCUCUCACACAGUAUGAAAGAAUCAGGAGGAGGCCAUAAACAGUGGCGAGGACUCCUGACAUCUACCUGUAAGCCAUGCCAGAUGGCCUCUGCCAGCCCUGUUUGUGGGUCUGAUGGUCAUUCCUACUCCUCACAGUGCAAACUAGAAUAUCAGGCAUGUGUUUUAGGAAAACAGAUCUCUGUCAAAUGUGAAGGACGCUGUCCGUGUCACUCAGAGAAAUCCACAAGUACAGGCAGAAAUGUUAAGAGAGCAUGCAGUGAUCUGGAAUUCAGAGAAGUGGCAAACAGAUUGCGAGACUGGUUCAAGGCCCUUCAUGAGAGUGGAAGUCAAAAUAAGAAGACAAAAGCAUUACUGAGACACGAGAGAAGCAGAUUUGAUACCAGUAUUUUGCCAAUUUGCAAGGAUUCGCUUGGCUGGAUGUUUAAUAGACUUGAUACAAACUAUGACCUGCUAUUGGACCAGUCAGAGCUUGGGAGCAUUUACGUUGAUAAGAAUGAGCAGUGUACCAAGGCAUUCUUCAACUCUUGUGACACAUACAAGGACAGUUUGAUAUCUAACAAUGAAUGGUGCUACUGCUUCCAAAGACAGCAAGACCCACCUUGUCAGACAGAGCUGAGCAACAUUCAGAAGCGACAAGGGGUAAAGAAGCUUGUGGGACUAUACAUCCCACUGUGUGAUGAAGAUGGAUACUACAAGCCAACACAAUGUCAUGGAAGCUUAGGGCAGUGCUGGUGUGUUGACAGAUAUGGAAAUGAAGUCAUAGGAUCCAGAAUAAAUGGCGUUGCAGAUUGCGCUAUGGAUUUUGAAAUCUCUGGAGAUUUUGCAAGUGGUGAUUUACAUGAAUGGACUGAUGAUGAAGAUGAGGAAGAUGACAUUAUGAAUGAUAAAGAUGUUAUUGAAGAUGAUGAUGAAGAUGAAGGGGAUGAUGACGAUGACGGAGAUGACCAUGAUGGAUACAUUUGAUCGCUGAAAGCGGAGGUCAACAAAUUCUACGUUUUUAAUAUUUAGAAAGUAAUAGCAUAUUGAGAAUUAUGUUCUUAACAUGAAACAAAACGAUUCUAAACUUCACAUAUAUUUUGUAUAAUUAUUUAAAAUAUUCAAAAUAAAUCAUAGAAUUUUAUGUUUAAAUAAGAAUAAUUGCGUUUCAGUUUUUAUAUGCCUUAGAAAAAAAGAAAACACAUACGGACUGUAGCCAGAAUAAAGAAAGUUGAUAUGACUGCUAAAGCAAUUUUCAUAAGAACAUACUUUAUAAAUAUUCCACAAACAAAUGAACAACUAAUGUGUGCUUGGCACCAUAUGUAUUGCUGCAAUGAGAGCUAUAAGCUCAAUUUACAAUGAAUUAUUAAAGAACUAGACCACAGGGAUAUUUUUCAAUUUAUGCAUGGCCUUAAUUUCAAGUCUUAUAGGGCAUCUUCCCAAACCCAGGAUGAGUCAGAAUAACAAGAAAGAUACCACAUUGUAAGACAAAGUGACCAUGUUAGAAUUCUUAUUUAGUGGUGAUGAUUUUAAUUAUGAAGUUAUACUGGAUAUGACUAGAAAAGCAAAUACAGAAGACCAUAAUUUCUGAAAGUUAGAAUCUUAGUUCUCUUUUCUACUCUCAAAAGUUAAUUGGAAAGACAGUCUCAUACAGAUUUUUAAAAAAAAAAAUUUAGGUAUCAUUAUUUCUAGAUUUCUCUAUCUUUCUGACCAGCAACUUAAGGUACAGAAUUUAAAUUAGGAAGAGAAAGAUUCAUUUAAACCAUAUUUUCAAGUGUUGUUCAUUUGCUACAAGAUCAAAUUUCAAAUAUCAAUCCUCAUUUUAUUUUAAAUUUUAUAUAAAAAUCUGCAUUUAAUUUUAGAAAUAUGCCAUUAUUAUUAGUAGUACUGAAAUUUAGAUAAAGUAUUGUAUGGUGCCUUGCAAAAAUAGAAAUAGAAAGAAUCAGCAUGCAUAUCAGUAUAGGAUACUAGGUGAUGUGUAAGCACACCUAAUCAACAAGUUACACUAGUAAAAUUAUUGCUGCUGGAAUGAAGAAAAUGGAAUAUGUUUCUUUCUUUUUUUCUAUUGUUACUCCCAUGCGGACUUGUUUAUAAUUAUUGUGCAGAGUAGCAUUUAAGAUUUAAUUGUAGCAAAAAUUACUUUAUUUACUAUACUUAAGUUAGCAUGUUAAUUAAUUGUGUAGAGAUUUUGGCAUAUCAUCAAUUUUUGGUGUAUUAGAACAUUGUUUCUGUGCUGAUAAAGAUGAAAAAACCCGUUGAAUGUUACAUGUUGGUAUCUUUCAUUUCAACAGUGCGUUUACUGGUAUAUUCUUCAUUGAAAGCAGAAUUGGUGAACAUUUUCCUUUUAAUCUAUUUAUAAUCACUAAAUUACAACUUCAAUGUUCAUCUUACAUACUAUUCAAAGUCUAACGCAUUUUCUUUUUUACUGUUUAUGUAUAGUUUAAAAAAUAAAGAAUCUUGGAACCAAAGUAAAUUGCUCCCUUACUGUCCUUUCUGGGGUAUGAUAGUAGUAUGAAGGGUCCUUAAUUUGUUUCUUAAUUUUAGAAACUGUUAAUCUUACCACCUAGCCAGGAAAUGUUUCUGAAUUUAUUUAUUUUG